AUGCUGGUGGAUCAUGCGAGCCAAGUCCUGGGGAGAGCGGACGCUGGGAAGCGGACAUCGGCUGGGCGGGAGCCGACUGGUCCAUGGGCGCCGGCGCGGCGGGAGGCGCUUAGCUUGGCGAAAUUGAUCGAGCAUUGGGGGUCCACCCUCUUUUCAACCAUUGUGUCAGUCCUACUUAUUGGCCGAAGGCGGUGGCAGUGUUGGACCACUUUUGCGGUCGCACGAUCAACUUGGUCCUCUAGACUGCACCCACUCCAGAUGGACCAUGAAAGCAGUCCCGGAGGGGAUCCCAUGCGCAAUGUCAGCCCUCAGGGGCCUCUGGUCGGGCAGAAAAGGAAAAGGCCCCAAGUGGGCGCACCACCAGAGUGUGAUUGUGGCGGCGAAGUCGUGCUGCUCGUAACCAAGUAUGGGGAAAAUGAAGGGCGGGAAUACUGGAAGUGCCGCACUUGUACUGAAUGGCUCCAGUGGAAGGACGACAAGAGCAUCCCAGUUCCAAAGUGCGAUUGCGGGUUGAAGGCACGGAAAGCAACGGUUAGACACGGGCUGCCUCACAACAUUGGAAAAGAGUUCUAUGGUUGCAGGAAGUAUCCGCAGCCAGAUCAUUGCAGGUUCUUCAUAUGGGCUGAUGGAACAGAGCCUUUCGGCCCCGAGUCAUUUGCUAGAUUCGGUCGUUGGAUGGGUUCGGAUUGCUUGUGUGACGGCUGUUCCGGACAAGAGGGGUUUGAGGGACAUGAAGGUGGCGAUUAUGAAGAUGAAGGAGCUGAGGAUGAUGGAUCGUGGGAGCAAGAAGGUGUGGAGGACGUCGAGGAGAGCGAAGAAUUCGGAAGAGGCAGCGAGGUGGAUUUCGAGGGAGAAGAAGGGGAAGAAGAGGACGAGGAAGGAGAAGAUGAUACGGACGCCGAUGCGGAGGAAGACGAAGAAGAGGGUGAUGAAGAGGAAGAGGAAGAGGCGGGUGAGGAAGAAGAAGAGGAUGACGGAGGAGAAGAGGAGGCGGGGCAAGGAGUUAUAAAGAUUGAUGAUCAGACGGACGAGGAUACCAAGGAAAAUUGAAAGGACUGGGUGCGGCUAGGGAGACGUGAAGCAAUAUUAGGGAGGAGCCUGAUUAUCCUUAGAGGACGGAAGGAAGACUAGCUGCAAGGGGUCGAUUCAGCGGGGGGUCGCUUGCAUGUAUAUUGUGUUUCCUCGCUUGUUGUUGUCGUUAGAGUUAGGCUAAAUCUCGGUGUAUAAAAGUUAUCAGGUUAGAGUUCAAUGCAUGUGCAUGUGGGGUUAUGUCAGAUUGCAAUUCGAAGACAAAUCGAAAAUGUGAGAUACGCUGAAUAUUGAACUUGCCUGUAGAUAUGAACAAAGAUAUAUGGGUCUGCAAGGAGUGUUUGCCGUAGACAAGUACUAUCAGUGGGUAGCCCGGUAGUCGAUAGCUUGUAAGUAGAUAUAUACUUGUUUGCGAUGGUCGAAUUGUAAAUCCAUGUCCAGGACUUCAGACGUCGAAGAAUGAUGUCGCUUGAAAAUUGGAAUUCAUAGAACUUGAUAUUCAAUGUAGUAGCGCUGGAUCAGUACGGUAGAUCCAAGUUACUUGUUCACUUGCAUUCAAGUAAAAUUCAUGUCGAUUGGCAUUUGAUUAGAGAGGAAGUCGUCGGACUCGGAAC